CUCUCCCCUCUCCCUCACGCACGCAGCUCUUCCAGGUUCCAAAGGUCUUCGAUCGCACAACCCUUCCUUGAUAACCUUAGCCUCAUCGCGCCGCCCUCCUGUCUCACCGUGGUCGUUCGCUAAUCCUCUUUGUUCGUCGUGCUCGAAGACCCUCCCUUAGUUCGCCAACGCGAGCAUCUCCAGGUCCUGCUCUGCAGUUCUUGCCCGUCGUCCAUCCGUCGUGUGCGUCGUCAGUGUUCGUCGCCAGCUCGCCGUUGUCCGUCACCAGCUCCCCAUCGUCCGUCGCCAGCUCGCCAGUGUUUGUCGCCAGCUUCCCGUCGUCCGUCGCUCUCCCUCAAGCCUCUACUCACUGCCCUCGCCGGAGGUUAAAUCAGUAAUCCAGUGAUCCAAUAACUUGAUCAGUUCUAUCACCUGUUCGCGUGUAACAACUAUGGUUCAUUCAGUUAACUCUCACUAGGAUGUUUGUGCUGUGUUGUGUCAUCUCAAAACCCAUUUCCAAUAACAACUAAAAGUAUACUGCCAUAGGCCUAUACUCCUAUAUCUACUGUAUAAAUCUCCUAUAUCGAGAAAUUUGCUGCACAACAAGAUAAAAACUGAAAUCAAACUUCAAAAAUUAAUGCCAAGAUUAUUAAUUUGCAGGCACUCAUAAAUUUCGUAAAACUGACGCAGUUUUUUUCUCUGCUCCAUCUUUGCUCUCACACAGUCACACUCCUCUUCCUUUCACCGCCGGCCCCGGAGUCCACAACCGCCACCACGGCACGCAGUCCAAUUAAGAAAUGCCCCCGCCAGCGUCACCACCCCCCAAAGCAAACAAGCCAUACUUCUUCUACGGCCACCGCACGCCCUCCCAGAACCGCCCAACCGUCCGCGGCGGUCUCUUCUCGAACCGACAAACCCUCAAACCCCAGAAACCCCCCUCGAAACCCUCCAUUCCCUUUGACAUUCACAAGUGGGACCCUCAUUUCCUCCCCCAAAACCCCUCACCACCUCCUUCCCCGUCUCCUUCAUUCUCAUUCUCCUCCUCCCCUCGCCUCUCUCCCAUCGCCCGAUUCAUCAUCGACGCAUUCCGCAAGAACCGCCACACCUGGGGCCCCUCCGUGGUUUCCGAGCUCAACAAACUCCGUAGGGUCCCACCCACCCUCGUUGCUGAGGUUCUCAAGCUCCAAACAAACCCUACUCUCGCCUCCAAGUUCUUCCAUUGGGCUGGUAAGCAGAAAGGCUUCCACCAUAAUUUUGCAUCCUAUAAUGCUUUUGCUUAUUGCUUGAACCGUAGCAAUCGGUUCCGGGCAGCUGACCAGCUGCCCGAACUUAUGGAUUCGCAGGGGAAACCCCCCAGUGAGAAGCAGUUUGAGAUUUUGAUUAGAAUGCAUUCUGAUGCCAAUAGGGGACUUAGGGUUUACUAUGUGUAUGAGAAGAUGAAGAAGUUUGGUGUUAAGCCUAGGGUAUUUUUGUAUAAUAGGGUUAUGGAUGCAUUGGUAAAGACGGAUCAUUUGGAUCUUGCGCUCUCGGUUUAUGACGAUUUUAGGGAGGAUGGGUUGGUGGAAGAGGCUGUUACUUUCAUGAUUUUGAUUAAGGGGCUGUGUAAGGCCGGGCGAAUCGACGAAAUGCUGGAGGUUUUGGAGAGAAUGAGGGUGAAUUUGUGCAAGCCGGACGUGUUUGCUUAUACCGCUCUGGUUCGGAUGCUGGUUCCGGAGGGAAAUUUGGAUGGUUGUUUGAGGGUUUGGGAAGAAAUGAAGAAGGAUAAGGUUCAGGCUGAUGUGAUGGCUUAUGCUACUAUAAUUAUAGGGUUGUCGAAAGGAGGGAGGGUUGAAGAGGGUUAUGAGUUCUUCAAGGAGAUGAAGAGUAAGGGUCAUUUGAUAGAUAGAGCUAUAUAUGGGUCACUUAUAGAGUCGUUUGUGGCGGAAAAGAAGAUUGGUGUGGCUUUCGAUUUGUUGAAGGAUUUGGUUAACUCAGGAUAUAGGGCGGAUUUAGAAAUUUAUAAUUCCCUUAUUGAAGGCUUGUGCAAUGUGAAUAAGAUUGAGAAGGCUUACAAGCUUUUCCAAGUUACUAUUAAGGAGGGCCUUGAGCCAAAUUUUUUAUCAGUGAAACCAUUGUUGCUGUGUUAUGCUAAAGCAAAAAAAAUGGAAGAACUCUUCAAGCUUCUCAAGCAGAUGGAGAAGUUAGGUUUUCCAGUUAUUGAUGAUCUUGCCAAAUUCUUAUCCCUUCUGGUGAAGGAGGGACCAUUAGUAGCAUUAGAGGCUUUUACACACUUGAAGGCAAAAGGUUAUAUUAGUGUUGAAAUGUACAAUAUUCUUAUGGAUUCUCUACACAAGGUUGGUGAGAUGAAGAAGGCUCUAUUACUCUUUGACGAAAUGAAUGCCUCAAACUUGAAACCUGACUCAUUUACAUACAGUAUAACAAUUCUAUGCCAUGUUGAUCUUGGUAAAAUUCAGGAGGCAUGUGAGUAUCACAAUAAGAUCAUUGAGAUGUCUUGUAUUCCUUCUGUUGCUGCUUACAGUUUCCUUGCCAAGGGGCUUUGUAAAAUUGGCGAGAUUGAUGCAGGCAUGAUGCUUGUCCGUGAUUGCCUUGCCAACAUAGACAGUGGUCCUAUGGAAUUCAAAUAUAGUCUUACCAUCAUUCACUCGUGUAAGUCAAAUGAUGCCGAGAAAGUGAUUGAAGUAUUGAAUGAGAUGAUGCAACAGGGUUGCCCUCUGGACAUUGUCGCAUGUGCUGCAGUUAUAUCUGGCAUGUCUAAGCAUGGAACAAUUGAAGAGGCCAGGAAGGUUUUUUCAAACUUGAGGGAUCGCAGAUUGUUAACCGAAGCUGACACCAUUGUGUAUGACGAAUUACUAAUCAGUCACACAAAGCAAAGGACGGCAGACUUGGUGCUAUCAGGAAUUAAGCUCUUCGGUUUAGAAUCUAAACUAAAAUCAAAGGGUUUUAAGUUUUUGCCAAGUUGAAAACUGUUGUGCGGAUCAAUUGAUGUAUUUCUUCUCUCAACAUGUUGAAUAUGCAUAGUGAUGCAGAAAAGCAGUAGGGAAUGGAGAGUUCCAAUGUUGUGGUUGGCUGCUUCUCAAACAUCUUAUUUCUUGUGGUUCAUAUGUGUGGUGGUAGCUUUAAAUGAUUUUUCAAAGCAUCAGACUUGGGUUGCUGGACAUAACUCAUAAUCCAUAGUUCUGUCGAGGUCCAGUGAUGAUUCCGACAAGAUGCAUUUUGUUGGAACGUUAUAUACAGGAAGAUGCUUUCCUAAGGAGCCGAAGCUGAACUAAUUUAAUAUUUGAUAGGACAGACGAAGAUUUGUGAAGCACAAUUCGCCAUUGCUGUUGAUAUCUCAAGAGCAAAAGUGGUACAUCAUAUAUGGUGAUAUACCUUGAUAAAGCAUGGUAAAAUUAUUUGGGGAGAAUUUUCAGUCAACUAGCUAAAGCCAUGGUAAGAUACUUAAGAUUACUUUUUCCCUGAUGUGCAAGGCACCUUGUAGAAAGAAAACAUUAAUUUGUCAUGGUCUCUAGUUUUAUAACUAAGCUUAGGGUUUAGUUACAACUUUCAACAACACUAAAGUGAUUCUUGUCUCCUCAACAAUAACAGACAGACAAUAUCAUAAUAUUUAUUAAGCGAUUCUCUUCUCGAGGAGAAAUUAGCAAUUCAUUAGUGUUAGAAAAUUGCUUUAUGACAAGACAUUUGCAUGUGAUGUGACAUGCUUGUUAGUAAUUCUCAUGCAUGUCCAUGCUAUGUUUUUUUUUU